AUGGCUUUGCCGUGGCGAAAGCGACAGGCUAUGCGCUCUAUCGCCAAGGCCAUACAAGUUUUCCCUGCUUCUGUGCACCGCUCAAUUGUUACGGGGGAAAUUGUACGCCGCAGAAACUCAAUCAAGCCGCGCCUAACCGAAGCAAAUAAGGCUUAUCGAGUUUUGCUUAUGAAAUGGUUCUACAUGACUGAGGCGGACAGGACGGUGUACAUGGCACCGAGAGAGACGCCUUCUCAUAGCACAGACCAGUCCAAGCGCUUCAUCACAAAAGUGGUGUUCAUGGCUGCGAUUAUGCGUCCGAUUUACGCUAGAGAUGGAUCUCUAGUAUUUGGUGGCAAGCUGGGCAUGUGGCCCUUCAUUGAACGCGUUCCGGCUCAAAAGACUCAAAACAGACCGGCCGACACGAUUGUGACCAACCCCUUUAAUGUUGGUCUCAAGAAGCAGCGCGAUAUGUUAAUCGACAAUGUCAUUCCAGCUGUCAGAGCAAAGUGUUCAUCCAUGCUACAAGGGACCGAGCUGAUCAUCCAGCAAGAUAGAGCUCGCUGUUAUGUCAAUCCCAAUGCUCCAGCCAUGUAG